AUGAACCCGGUUCGCGUAUUUGACGGUGUAGUGCCGUAUCGGGCAUGGCGCGAUGAAUCUAUUCGCCAAGGGCAGUCCGUUGGAUUCGUUCCGACGAUGGGCGCACUGCACGAAGGACACUUGAGUCUUGUCGACGCAUCCCUCGCGGAGAACGACAUGACGAUUGUGUCCGUCUUUGUUAAUCCCGCACAGUUUGCGCCUCACGAAGAUCUGGCCGACUAUCCCCGCACGCUCGACAGCGACCUUGCGCAGCUGCACGCCCGAGAAGCGAAAGCGAAAACGCGAGGCCGUCUUGCGGUGCUCAUUCCCACGGUAAAAGAUGUGUACCCGCAUGGAUUCACCCAGGAAGUGGCUCAGCAGGUCGGCGCUUUUGUAGAAGUCAAAGGCCUUUCGCACCAAAUGGAAGGACAAACGCGGCCGACAUUUUUUCGCGGCGUUGCGACGGUGGUCACCAAGCUAUUCAACAUCGUCAUGCCAGACAAGGCCUACUUUGGUCAGAAAGAUAUCCAGCAAGCGAUCGUGAUCCGCCGGCUGACAGACGACCUGCUAUUCCGCUAUCCGCACGGCGCACACAAUGUGCGCGUCCUUCCUACAGCGCGCGAUCCAGCUGACCAUGUCGCACUGAGCAGCCGGAAUGCAUACCUGAAUGCGCAAGGCCGCGCCGCCGCGCCGCUGCUUUACAAGGCACUUUCCGCCGGCAAGCAGACGUGGGAGGCACUGCUCGCAGAUCCAUCCGUGUCUACUGCCGCGCGCGUGCGCACAACUUUGGACACGGCGACGCGGGUCGUUGAACUAGGAAACGCCACACUUACCGCACAGUCGGAUACUGCACAUGCGAGCGUCGCGCUUGACUAUCUCUUGCUCAACGAUCCCUCGACUCUGGCGCCACUGGAUCAAGAUUCGUUUUCAGCGCGCAGCGCGAUCCUGAGCGGUGCACUAUGGAUCCGUAACGAUGCAAGCGACAAGCAACCAUGCACACGCAUUAUCGAUAACCUGCUGCUGGGAUUCGAGUUGGGAUAG